GUGUCCAGCCACAUACAGGUUCUAGCUCGGAAGAAGGUGCGGGAGUACCAGGUUGGCAUCAAGGUAUGUUGGGUGCCUGGCGGGGGCCUUCAGCCCUCCUGGGCCCCUCACCUACGGCGCUGUCUCUGCAUAGCUCAGGCCUUUCCUUGGCCAGCUCUCCAGCCCCACUGUGCCUGUUUUCUGGCUGAAGCUCUGUUCCUGCCUCUCCUUCCGCUCUUUCUGUUCUUUUUCUCUUUCUUUCUCUCUCUACAGGUCUCUAGCCACUUGCAGGUUCUAGCCAGGCGGAAAUCUCGGGAGAUUCAGUCUAAGCUGAAGGUACGGGGCCCCUGCCACCUGGCCUGGCCUGCCCAGCACCCUCCUGGGUGCAGGCCUGUUGCUGCUUUGUGGCUCCAGCUUGGGACAGGCAAGGGGCUGAGAAGCUGUGAGGGGGUCCAGAAAGAAACACAAGUGGCAGCAGGAAGCCCAAGGGCCCUGUCAGUGAGGGAGAGGGAGACCAUCUGGGGGCCACUAAGGCCCACCCCUCCUCUUCUCUGUUUUUCUUUUUCUCCUUCCUGACUGCUGCUUACUAACUGCAUGGGGACUUCCAUGGGCAGGGAGGAGGCCCCGGGGCUACUGGCCGGCAGGGCUAUUGAGGUGGGCAUGGCAGUUCCUUGCAGAUCUGGCUGUCCUGCAGCUGCGGAUCUCAGAGUCUGGGGUUCAUGACUGAGGCCCUUCUCAGGGCCUCACGCUGGCCGUGUGCUCUUCUCCCUGCCCACAGCGGUGCAGCGGAGGGGGCCUCUUACCCCCAGGCCCCCAUGCCCAGAGCCUAGUUCCAGAACAUAUGGACAGACCCAGAGGGCACCAGCUUGUUUUCCCUCACUCUGCCCUUUCCAGGGCUUGUCCCAGCUGGCAGGCACUCCCUCUGUGGGGACGGGGAGGGUCUGCUGAGCUUCCUUGGGCUCCUGGGAAGCUGAAACCCAUGGGCACUGGGUGGAGGUAGGCGCAGAGACGUCCCUCCCCCCACAGCCCUGGUGCUGCGCGCGUCCUCUAACCCAUCUUCCCUCUCUCCUUCACAGGCCAUGAACCUGGACCAGGUCUCCAAGGACAAAGCCCUUCAGAGCAUGGCGUCCAUGUCCUCUGCCCAGAUCGUCUCUGCCAGUGUCCUGCAGAACAAGUUCAGCCCACCCUCCCCUCUGCCCCAGGCCGUCUUCUCCACUUCCUCGCGGUUCUGGAGCAGCCCCCCUCUCCUGGGACAGCAGCCUGGACCCUCUCAGGACAUCAAGCCCUUUGCACAGCCAGCCUACCCCAUCCAGCCGCCCCUGCCGCCGACGCUCAGCAGUUAUGAGCCCCUGGCCCCGCUCCCCUCAGCUGCUGCCUCUGUGCCUGUGUGGCAGGACCGUACCAUUGCCUCCUCCCGGCUGCGGCUCCUCGAGUAUUCAGCCUUCAUGGAGGUGCAGCGAGACCCUGACACGUACAGCAAACACCUGUUUGUGCACAUCGGCCAGACGAACCCUGCCUUCUCAGACCCACCCCUGGAGGCAGUAGACGUGCGCCAGAUCUAUGACAAAUUCCCCGAGAAAAAGGGAGGACUGAAGGAGCUCUAUGAGAAGGGGCCCCCUAAUGCCUUCUUCCUUGUCAAGUUCUGGGCCGACCUCAACAGCACCAUCCAGGAGGGCCCGGGAGCCUUCUAUGGGGUCAGCUCUCAGUACAGCUCUGCUGAUAGCAUGACCAUCAGCGUCUCCACCAAGGUGUGCUCCUUUGGCAAACAGGUGGUAGAGAAGGUGGAGACUGAAUAUGCCAGGCUGGAGAACGGGCGCUUUGUGUACCGUAUCCACCGCUCACCCAUGUGCGAGUACAUGAUCAAUUUCAUCCACAAGCUGAAGCACCUGCCUGAGAAGUACAUGAUGAACAGCGUGCUGGAGAACUUCACCAUCCUGCAGGUGGUCACAAGCCGGGACUCCCAGGAGACCCUGCUUGUCAUUGCUUUUGUCUUCGAAGUCUCCACCAGUGAGCACGGGGCCCAGCACCAUGUCUACAAGCUCGUCAAAGACUAGGGUGCCCUCUGCGCCUCCAUAAGGAUGCAGGGUGAGCAUCUCCUCUCCACACCUGCCUGGCACCCCUGGGGGGGUCCAGAAUUGAGGAUUCAUCUACCUGCCAGGCCUCAGGCCCAGGACCCAGGAGGCCUCCCCACCUACCCCAGCACACACACUCCCUGCCACUGUUCUGCGCUUUAAUUGUGGGAGAAGAGAGGAGAGGAGGGCUCAGUGGUGGGGCAGCCUGUCCGGGGCGCUGACCCACCAUCACCCUGCUCUGCCCAGCCUCGCGUGACCUCAGAGAGGUGGGGAUAGGGGACACCUUCAGCCUCCGGCAUGUGUGGCCACUGCCCUCCCCCCCACCCUUGGGGGAGCGUGAUGGGCAGGUGAGGGCAGGAUGGAGACCAAGGGAGUCAGUGAGCAGAGGCCCUGGGAGAGUGUCCGGUCGUGGUUGGACUGAGGACAGAGGGGCCCACACUUCCUUGGCCCUUUGUGUCACAGGCCUGGUGCCCAGACUCGUUGCAUGGCUUGUGUGGUCCUCAGACUCCGCACAGCAAGCAUGGAUCUCUGGGUUUCAGAUGAAGUGCCCAGGCUCCAGGAAGUUGAGGGACCCACAGGAGAGGUGGGCAGAGCUGGAGUUCUCAUCCAGAGCUGCUUGUCCCCAGAGCCCAGGUUUACACUACCUCCCUGGGGCGGGGGCUGGCCGCAGGGUAGGGGAGAGGCUCUGCAGUGUGGAGUGGAGCCUCAUUGAGGGGAGCUGGGUUAGGGGAGCACCUGUUUCAGACUGGGCAUGAAGAAGGGAGCACAGCAGCUACUAGACCCCAUUAGCACCCCAUUAGCCCACAAGCCAGCCAGGGGCCCUAGGAAGAUGGGGCACCCCCCAGCACCCUCCAGAUUGAGGGCAAGGUAGAGGAAGGAGGUCCCAGCCUCUGGGCAGACCAGAGGCCCAGAGGGAGGGACUAGCACAAGGCUUUUGGUUUUUCUUUUGCCUGAGGCUUGGAUCUGACAAACCCUUGGUGGGCACUGCUCCCUUAGGUUCUUCCCCACCUCAGUCUACCUGCCUAGAGUAGCAGCUCCCAGACCCAGUUCUGGGACUGAAGGUUAACCCUUCACCUGCUGCCCCUUCUCAACACCCAGGUCCCCAGAGCCAGCCGGGCCUGUCCAGCAGCCACCUGUGGGUAUUUAUGAGUUUCAUAUGAAGUACUGUGCCCCUUCCCUUCCUUAUCCCGACCCUGCCCGAGCUUCCUGAAGGUCCUCACUGUUUGCAUAUCGCUCAGGCCACCUCCAAACCCCACCUAGGUUUUAUAAUGUAUAUUGUAUAUUUUUUUGUGUAUUUUUAAAAUCCAGCUGUGAUGGGUUAUAUCAUAAAUGCAGCUUGGGGUUGGAGCAGGGGCCCUCAAGGCCCAGCUCCUGCUCAAAAAAAAAAAAAAAAAAAAAAAAUUAAAGUUAUUUGUUUGUGGGUCAGUCAUGUAA